UCGUGGCUAAAACGCGCAUGCGCAGUGCGCUUACUGAAGUUUGGAGUGAUUCGUGGAAGUUUGAGAUUUGGAGGAAAAAAAAGCACAGCAGAAAGUCGGGAACUUGUAAAAUGGCUUUUCGCAGAAGAAAUAAGAGUUAUCCUUUCUUCAGCCAAGAGUUUCUCAUUCAGAAUCACGCGGACAUUGUCUUUAGUUUGGUGAUUUUCAUUUUGAUUGGACUGAUGUUUGAGACAACAGCAAAAACAGCCAUUUUAUUCAUCCAGCCUCAGUACAACAUCAGCACCAUGAGUGCAGACGGAGAAGUGACUCUGUAUCAUUACGGAUGGAAAGACUGUGCCACUGUCCUCUUCUAUCUUUGUAUCACCAUCAUCCUUCAUGCGGUUGUGCAGGAGUAUGUGCUAGAUAAAGUAAACCGCCGUCUCCACCUGUCGAAGAGUAAAAACACAAAGUUUAAUGAAUCUGGGCAGCUGUGUGUGUUUUACCUGGUGUCCAGUGUAUGGAGUCUCUAUGUCAUGGCCACAGAGGGAUACCUCCUGCAUCCCAGCAGCCUUUGGGAGAAUUACCCUCAUGUUCACCUGAGGUUUCAGGUGAAGUUCUUCUACCUCACACAGCUGGCAUACUGGUUUCACGCACUACCUGAGCUUUACUUCCAGAAAGUGAGAAAGGUAAGAGAAGAUGAGAGGAUCGCAGAAACUUUGCAGGGGACAUAUGAGGAAAUCCCUCGUCAGCUGCAGUACAUCAGUCUCUAUCUGUUACACAUUCUGGCUGCGUAUCUGUUGAACUUGACACGGGUCGGGCUGGUUCUGUUGUUUCUGCAGUAUCUUUCUGAGAUGGGCUUCCAUCUGUCUCGACUCUUCUACUUUAUUGAUGAAAACCACCACAAAAUGUUUGAGAUGUGGUCUGUUGGGUUCGUCCUGACCCGUAUGAUCACUCUGACUCUGAUGUUCCUGGCUGUCGGCUUCGGUUUGGCUCGUUCUGAAAACCAGACGCUUGAUUUGGAGGCUGGAAACUUCAACACUCUUUCUAUCAGGCUGCUGGUGUUGUUCAUGGUGUGUUUCACUCAAUCAUGGCUGCUCUGGAAGUUCUUCCGUUUCCAGCUGAGCCGAACACGUGAGCUGAGAUUGGAGCAGGCGGCCCGGAAGAGAGCGGCCGCUAAACAACAUAUGCAGCGCACGCUGAAACGGGAUUCAGUCGGUCAUCAUGAGAAUGGACUCAUUAAAGCGGAGAACGGCACAUCUCCUCGUCUCAAGAAGAUCAAAGCUCCUUAAACUACAGCAUCAUUCCAGCGGAUGGCCUCCACACAUCGAGGGCACAGGAACAGGAAACAGAUCAUCUGCCUGCUGCUUCCUGUUACCACGUCAAGAGAAGUGCAUGUGGCGUUUCUCCAAGGAAGUGACAACAGGACUUUCAACAGGCUCUUGUCAACGUUCUAAAUUUCUUUACAGUUUCAGUAUUCAUGUUAUUUCUUCUGCAUAUGUUUCUAAACUUCACUCAGUCUUUCUUUAUUAAAGCGCUGUUUUGAGGUUAGUUUGUUUUUCUGCAUUUGCAUAUCUUGAGGUACAAAAUGGCGACUACGGUGGCCUAGAAAGGACACUCAUUGAGAUGAUUUGAAUCAGAUGUGUUAUUGUGAGACUCGUUCACACAUUCUGAGUUUGUAAUGAACAAAAGAUUUACAUGACAAUCCAAAAAGAACCGGCAAAGAGACAAGGAAAAUCCAUGUUUUUGUCCGGUUUGAGGUAGGAACAAGGGUUUUAGUAAUGAAAUGACCCUGAAUGAGAGCAAACACACUCACUCAUUCAGUCUUUCUCCUGUAAUGAGCGUUUAUUCUGCUUUGUACGUUUAUGCAGUUUGAUAUUUGAUUGUAUAUGACGAUGCUUUAUAAAUAUUGAACCUUUUUGAAUAGUUAAAUUGUUUUGAGUUUUCUGUCUUUGCAGAAACAUUUCAGCCUUUGUUUUAUUUACUUCAUUGUUUAUUACAUCAAAUAAAUGGAUAAUUCACA